GGCGAGGCGGCGGCCGCGGUGGGCGAUGAUCCCUACGCCGUGGCACCAGCACGUGGGCCCGCAGGGCCCCUUCGGCGAGGUCUACGAGCCCUCCGAAGACACUUUCCUGCUGCUGGAUGCCCUGGAGGGAGACGCGGAGGAGCUGAGGAGCGCCGGAAUUGACAUCUGCCUUGAAGUAGGAUCUGGAUCUGGAGUAGUUUCGACUUUUUUAGCUUCGAUUGUUGGACCUGAAGCAUUAUACAUGUGUACCGAUAUCAACCCUGUGGCAAGCCUCUGCACGGCAGAGACAGCUAUACGUAACAACGUUGACGUUCAACCCAUUGUUACUGAUCUGGUAACUGGAUUGUUGCCACGAUUACAUGGGAAAGUUGAUGUGCUGUUAUUUAACCCACCCUAUGUAGUAACCCCAUCUGUUGAGAUACAAAGUCAUGGAAUAGAGGCAGCUUGGGCUGGAGGCAAAAAUGGCAGAGAAGUUAUGGACAGACUCAUUCCACUGGUGUCAGACUUGCUUUCAGCAAAAGGAUUAUUUUACCUAGUUACAAUCAAAGAAAAUAAUUCAGAUGAAAUUAUUGAAACAUUACAGAAGUGUGGUUUACAAGGCACCAGAGCACUUUCCAGACAAGCAGGAAGAGAGAACCUCUCAAUACUCAAAUUCCAAAAGUCUUGAAGCCUGUCCAUGGAGGAUUUAUCAUAUGCCAGAAGCCACCUUUUAAAACGCAAACAAAACUGUAGAAUUUAAACUACAAUCAGUGGCAGUAUUUGUUAUAGGCUCAUGAGCUAGCCAUAGAAGUGGGGUUGUCACUCUAUUUAGAAAUGAAACAUACAGUGUUUGCAUAUGUAUAAAACUGAGACUUGCAAGACAAAUUAUGAGUGUAAUAUUGAGUGAACACAGUCGGAAUUAUCUCCACAAAAUGAGCUGCCAUGGAAAUAUUGAGAUGUGCCGGCCAUCAUGCCAAGUUAUUUUUCUGCAGGCAUCUGGUAUUGAGAAACAUUCCUUCUGUUGCUUACAGUCUUGCUAUUAAGAGAAUAUAAGAACUGUCUUGCUGGAUCAAAGCAAAGGUGCAUUUGGUACAGCAUCCCAAAGGCGAUUCUAAGAAGACUUUCCCUGCAAAUGAGAUGGGCUUCAUCACAAGUCCCACUGAACUUGAUGGGAGUUAAUUAUGAGUAGACAUGCAUAAGUUUGCACAGCUAGUCUUUCAAUUCUUUAAGAUGGGGUUAAUCAAAGUGCCCACCCUUAAGUUUUUACACUUCAUCAGUUUCCAUCUGAAAUGUCAGGAUAUUUUAUUUUAAUAGAAUAAAUAAAGAUUAAUAUAAAAGUUACCACAUAUAUUUUUAUAUGUCACAUUGAUCAACAAACGUCUUAAGAUUUUUAUUUGUAAAUAAACUAAAACCAAAUUAGCUUGUUUCACAGCUAAA